AUGAAAUACAUCGUUGCUAUCGUUUUUGCCGCUUUGGCCAUCGCUUUCGUUUCUGCCGAAGAAACAAAAGCUUCCGUCAGCAGCGCAGGAUCACCGACUAAAUUCACCACCAAAUUUGACGAUGUUAACUUGGAUGAAAUUUUGAAAAGCGAAAGAUUGUUAAAGAACUACUUUGACUGUUUGAUGGACACCAAACCAUGCACUCCAGACGGUACCGAAUUGAAAAAAUCCCUCCCGGUUGCUUUGAAAGAAGAAUGUGCCGGAUGCAGUGAAAAACAAAGAGUAGGAGCCGAAACUGUUAUUCACUACAUUUCCAACAACAAACCAGAACUCUGGAAGGCUUUGGAAGACAAAUACGACCCAGAACAAGUCUACAGAACCAAACACGCCGAUUUUGCCGCCAAAAAAGGAAUCAAAGUUUAA